AUGCUAUCCUUCGAAGAGUUGUUUCAACGACUACUCGAAUACACCCGAACCCCACUUAAAUCCAAAGAGGAGUUAGAUAUUCUUGAGCACACCGCGAACGGCUUGAUGAGGCAUCACAUGCUUCGCCUUGCGAGUCCGUGGGAUGUCGCAAAGUUGAUUUCCUCCGCCAUUCGCUGCAACCUUCGCACACCAAACGCGGUUGAUCUACGUGAGCUGUCGUUUCUUGGCUUGGUGUCCUGCCCGGCACCGGCGUGCCGCACGCUGGCGAACCUCCUGCGAGCUCGACAGUUUGAUUUCCCGUUAGCCGACUUGAUGGAUACGAUUCGACGCGACGUGCAGGCUUCCCAGAUGUCCUGUAAAAGCUCCGAUGCCGUGUGCGUGGUGCUUUCGUUAUUGAAUCAAUGGCAUCGUCUAGAGCUCACACGCCGCGGUGUGGUGGAGUGGUUUCAUGUCGAGCAGUCCUCCCUUUUCGUGGGUCGUUUGCUAUUCGGGCUUUCCCGUGAAGGCGCGACCUCGUCUGCUUCCAAGAACCAUCUUUCGGAUACCUUCUCGACGAGUUGGGUGAGCAACCUCAUGACGUUCGCCCUUUGGGAUCACGCACGAGUGCAGGAUGCCGGACUUGUCGUCUCUUUCCUCACGAGGAUGCUCUCCUCGGAGGCGGAAAAGUCUUCCUUGGCGGACUUCACGUUGUGUGGCUUGCGAUCCGCGCCUGUGAUCCAGCAGUGGGGGCAUCUGCGCUUGGCCAUUCUUCACCAGUGCCGGAUGGAAUUGCGGAAUGGCAGCUUACAAAAUCAGAAGGUCUGGGUGGAUGCUGUCAAGGAGGAAUUAAAAGGGGCUUUUACGCAAGAGCCCCCAUUCCUCUCAGAGAUGUUCCACCACCCACCCAGUUUGUCCGCCAUGCAAUGCACGGCGUUGCGGGAGCGGUUGGAGCAAUCAAAAGAAUAUUUAGCCGACGCCGACCACGACGACGGCGGGGCUUUUAGGGCUCUUCUCAUGCUUAGUCGUGCUUGCCGAUCGUUCGUUUCCCAUACCGGGAACCAUGCGUACGUCGAGAUCGCCGACGACGACCUCCGCGGUGUUGAACUUCUCACCGCCCUCGCGCUGCAUUUGGGGCGGACUUCGGCAGCGCGUGAGCUGCUUGCCUGGACGGCGGCGUCUGGACGUCGUUCGGAGCACGUGCGGUGGCAACGACGACUGCAAACGUGGGAGGAAUGUUGGGAAGAAAUCCCUACUUGGCCCCUUCUACCCCCCCCUACAACCCAUUCCAUGCUAUGGACGGAGUAUAUCAAGGAGGUCUCCGCGCGUUUGUCGGUUUCGAUCGCGCUCGACGCCCUGGUGACGUCGUCCGACGUGCUCAAACUCCGCAUGGUGUGUGAGGGCUCUCUUCGUCUGGAUUGUGGUUGGGGGAAGGAGCUGCUCAAGGACCCUCUUGCGGCACCUUUUUUGGUGAUUGCGCUCGCGAAGCUCGCGCAUGGGUUUUUAAACGUCGGCGACGCCCCUAUGGCGCGGAUUUAUCUCACGAUGCUCGGUGCGUGUGUGGCGGGUUGCCCGACUCCUGAGGGAGUUCUGCUUUUGCUGCAGGUGUUAGGCCGCCUCGCGGGGGUGUUGGUGGGGUCGCCUUGUCUUUUAGUCGAGCCCCAUGCCGGGAUGGGUGUUUAUCAACACUGGGAGGGCAUCCAAAACGCCCUGGCGGGUGUUUUGCCCGUGAAUCCGGAAAUCACCUUUCGACUCCAUGGGACCCGGUGGCGCUGCUAUCAGCUAGGGGAUGCGUUUCGCGCCCGACGGACCUUCUACCAACCGAUUCUGCAACGCGAGGCGAAGGACGCCGGGCGUGAACGCGCCGCCGACUCCAAUCCGGCGGGUGGCAGUUCUUUCACGGUCGUCUGGAUUCGCCACGGUCUCCCCCCUGACGGCGCGGCCCUCACGGUGGAGCGAUUGCGCGUGGAAAGGGGGGGUUUCCCGGUCGAUGCGCCGGACGCGAGCCUCGAGCCGUGCAGGCCGUAUUCCGUCCAGUCCAGGGCGCGUCUCGACGCGAGCGCGUUGGAUGCCAUCUCGCAGCGUCUCCACACCCUCUUUGGGGAGAAUCGCGAGCAGCUGAAGCGUGGCGCCGCAUCUGCCUCGCGUCGGAUCGAAAUCGGCCGUUGCCCCGGCGAAUCCCUGGCGUGGGGGUUCACCAUGCCCCCUUCCCCGGCCUCAUCGAGCCUCAAACCGCGCGAGGAGGGGGAAGAACCCCCCCCCUCCCUUCCUUCCCAAACUCCUCCCCAUCGCGCGAGCCUCGCGGAGGGGGUGACGAACCCAGCCGAGGAGUCACCCCUUCUUAAGGAGGCAUGGUGGGCGCGACGACGUCAACUCGACGCGGAGCUCGCCGGGGUGGUAAGGGAGGUCGAAGACGCCUUUGGGGUCGCGCGAUUCCUCCUCCCCGGGGAGCCCCCUCGCGGCCUCCGACGGCGGUUAUGGCCGUUGAGCGAGCGGAUCGUCGCGAGGAUCGCGGCGCUUCGCGGGCCCCCCGCCUCCUUCACGGAUCCACCCCCACCCGGGGAGGUUUCCCGGCUGACAUCCCGGUGCGUUGCCCUCCUCCAAGGCCUGCCGUUUAUCGCAGGGGAGGGGAGGAAUCGCGCGGUGUGGUACGCGCGGGCUCACGUAGGGGACCCCUUCGAGCCCGCCUCCGAGCCCCCUUGCCCGGCCUGCGAUCGGCAGCUUCAGCGCACCGCCGAGGGGCUUCUCGAGAUCCUCGCGAGGCUGUGGGAGGAGGAAACGGGAGAAGCGAAAACGAAAGCGAAAGCGGACGAGAGGGGCGUCGACGCCGUGGUGGAGGGAGAGGGUUGGUUCGCGUUGCAUCGAGAAGCACUGCGCGAUCUCUGUAGGGAGGUGACUCGAGAGGUUUUUGGGUGGAUGUACGAUUAUCUCGUCGAAUACUAUGGCCGAGAAAGCGGAGGGGGGCGAACAACCCCUUUUCGCCCGGAUGGGGAGGCCGAUGAAGGGGCGCACGUCAACCUUCUCGAGCUACCGCGAGAGCACCUCUAUCUGGUCGUGGAGAACGAUCUGCAUCAUUUUCCACUCGAAGGGAUGGAUGUGCUUCGCUCGCAGAGCUGCUCCCGGGUUCCGUCAUUGGCGUAUUUACGAGCGUUCACUCUGCAGGGGGGGAUCACCCCUCCGGAGGAUUGUUAUGUCAUGGAAGGGGCUCACUUUUACGUGGAUUCCACCGCGGUCGCGAGUUUAGAUAAGUUCGAGGCCCUCUUUCACGCCCACCCCGGGUGGACGGUCGAUUAUGCGGACUCAGCCAACCUCUCAGGGGGGUUGAAUACACAGCCGGGGGUUGCGCGUGGGGGAUCUUCCGCGGUGCUCCCCACCCUCCUGCGGGAGGGUCGCUCCGUCUACGUCUAUCUUGGUCAUCGCCGAGGGGAGUCGGCGCUCCCGCGUGGUGAACUCUACGAUCGGUUCCCCUCUUCUCACUUUCCGGAUGUGUUGUUGAUGGGGUGUAGCUCCGCGCGGAUGAUAGGGAAUGCGUGGUUUGAAAAUUACGGCAUGCCAUGGGCCUACCUCCACGCCGGGGCGAGGUCGUUUAUCGGCUGUUUGUGGGAUAUCACGAACGGGGAGGUGGAUCGGCUUACCAGACGCUUUCUGCGCUACUCCACGAGUCCGACGGUGGGGGAAGGGAAGGGGGUUUUAUCUGUUGGGGAGGCUCUUAGUGCCGCGCGGGAGGCGUGCAAACUUCCUUUUUUGUCUGGCGUGACGACUGUGAUGUACGGCGUGAACCGCCCAUUUUCUUCGGGAAACCAAACGGGAUAG